UUUCGAGAUAGCUGUUUAUUGAACGAUAAAAGAAUGUUUAUAGUCACGAAGGAGAUCGACAGUGAAAACAUUAGUAAAUUGUGUCGCACAUGCUUGAGAGAAGACGGUGACAAAAUGGUGUGUUUAUUCGUGGGUCCGGCUGGUUCCUCACUCGCCGCUAAAUUGCGAUCUCUCUCGUGCCUGGAAGUCUGGCAAGGAGAUGGCUUACCUGAAAAGAUGUGCGAUCGUUGUGUCACCAGAGCAGAGUCAGCCCUUUUAUACAGAGAACAGUGUCGUGCAGCAGACAGAGCUUUGAGACAAGCAGCAUUAAAGGUAUCUGGACUAACAUCGUAUACUACUGUUUCUGGCUGUAAGCUCUAUCAAAAUCAACAAAAUCAAGGGUUUGUACCUGUGCAGAAUUCUCAUAAGACAUUAAAAUGUGUGGAAUGUGGUGCUGUGUUUAUGAAUUAUCAAGAACUUUGUGCCCACAAUCGGUUGCAUUUGCCUUUUAUGCAGGAUAACAUACCUAUGCAACACAUGCACAUCGUAGAAUCUCAAAAUCCAUAUCUUAACUUUACUCAUGUCAGCUCAAACUUUGUUAAUGAUAGUAUACCAAGCACACAAUUGUCUCCACUAGUUAGAUCAAAUAUGAUGCAUACCAUGUCGUUGAAUGAAGAAAGCUCUAGUCGAGCUGCCUGUGCCUUACAUUGCUCUUUAUGCAAUCACACUUUUACUAAUAGGAGACAGUUAAUAAGUCACAAUAUAACACAUAGUACGGAGAAUGUCGACAUAUCGUGUGAUAAUGAAAAUAUAGAGAUUUGUGAAAAUUCUAAUCACAUUCCUCAAAAUCUAAGUUACGAAAGAUCUAUUCAUUCUGUCGAUAAUCCUAUUCAAAAUUUAUCUUAUCAAAAGUCCACUGUAGAUGAUAAUGACGGAAUACAGAAUAUAAACUUUCCUGAGAAUAUUGAUCUGGAUGGUGUUCAGGAAAGUAGUUCGGAACGCAUACAAAAUAUAACGAUACAUUCCGAAAAUGAUGUAUCAAUUGCAGAAAAUUUAAGUUUUAUAAAGGCAUCGGAAAAAGAUAAGCAACUCAUAAUUGAAUAUCAAGGAUGUCCAACUGACAAUAAUUAUAAGCAAUCUUUGGACAUGAAAGAUACGGAAGAUAUUCAUGCAAAGAAGUAUCAGUGUGAGAUAUGUUCCAAACAAUUUUUACAAAAAUCGAAAUUAUUUGCUCAUCAAUUAUCUCACUCUGGCCAACAACCAUUUAAAUGCUUAAGCUGUGGUAAAGCUUACACAUCGAAGAGCAAACUCAAUGCACAUAUGAGAUUACACACGAAAACCAAUAUACAUCAAUGUAAGGUAUGUGAUAAGAUAUUUCCAUAUCCAUCGUAUUUAGAGGAACAUAUAAAAGUUCACAAUAAAACUGAUAAUACACGACAGAGCAAAGACUUUGAAUGUAACACUUGCAAUAAACGUUUUCGGCUUUUGAAAAACUUGAAAGCUCACGAAAGACUUCACACUGGAAAAGGUUUAGUGCAAUGCGAAAUUUGUGAUAAACAAUUUAGCCAUAAUUAUAAUCUAAAGAUGCAUUUACAAACGCACAAGUCGUCGAAAGUGCAUAAAUGCGAAUAUUGCGACAAGCGUUUUGCCCAAAAAGGUAAUUUAGUUGAACAUUUGCGUAUUCAUACCAAAGUAAAACCUUUCGCAUGUAAGUUAUGCGGCAAGAGAUUUGCACAAUCGAGCCAUCUUAAAAAUCAUGAAGCCUCGCACGGUAGUUUGAGACAACAUCAAUGUCGAUUGUGCGGGAAGAGAUUCAAGCUAGCUAAUCAUCUAAAAAGGCAUUUAAAUUUACACACCGGUUCAAAGACAUAUAAAUGCAAUCAGUGUAAUCAAAUGUUUUCGCAAUCUUUUAGUUUAACAAGGCAUUUAAAGAAACAUAAUGAGUCACAUAUAUAAUUUAUUUGAUAAAUAUAAAUUAUAAUUUGUAUAUAU